CCCUCACACUUGAAAGGCGCUGGAUGUUCCGUUUAGAUAACGUUUCGGUUCUUUAUUCUGUUCCCAGAGUUUCAGACCAAGCGGCUAAUUUUGUAAAAUAAGUUACGAUCCUUACGGUAAGUAUACGUGUAAAUGCAACUUUACAAUAGAUUUAAAACUUAAUCAAGUUGGUUAGUCGAAGUUUACAAUCAGUGAGAGCAGAGAGUUGAUGUCAUUUUCUUUCACUCGACCAUUUAUAAUCGAGCACAGUAGUCAACGAUUGCCUGUGAGCUUUUGACGCCGUGAUAUAGAAAUUUAAGGCGACAAAAACCCCCCUUGUUCAAUGUCACGAUGUUUGAUUUACUUUUUCGGGUUCGAAUUAAUCCAGUUUUUGUAAGUAUCAGUGUAUGGUGAGACAACUAUCGUAGUUGAUGAGUUUAAUGUAUUCUGAUAUGACAUGAUAUAUGAAUCAAAAUGAAGCUUUAAAGAUCAGAAAGAUCGCAAACGCGGCGGUCACUGGCGGUGCUGAACAAGUACAACGCUGCAAUUACGAGUGCGUGUUCAUGACGAGCCGCACGAUCUUAGCAACCCAAAAAACCCCUCAGCAUCCAGCCAGGCGGUGUGCGUCACGAGAUUCGACCAAAGAAUGCGUCAUUUGUGAGUGAUUGGAGCUGUUUUCAGAGGUAUAUGUGGUGAAAUUUUGGCUUUAUUCCAAGUUCGUGUGGGUAAUUUGGACACUAUACCGCCGUGGAAAGUUGUUGGAACACUUUAUCUUAAUAGCAGUUGCGUUAGUUUUAAAUAUUUUGCUUUCUUGAGCGUUUGUAACAAGUUUGAAUUGCUCGGCCAUGAUGAUUUAAGUGUUAUUUUCACCGUCCUUCUUGGAUUCAUUGCUGGUUACUGUUAGCGGUUUUAUCGGAUUAUUUCGGUCAACUUGUUACUUCAACCUUUCUUCUUUGCAAAUUUUGGGGUCUACCCGGGUCUACUCCUGUUAGGCCCGUUUCAAACGUCGUGCUGCACCGCUAUAAGACUGCUACAGAGUUCCGUUUCCCGCGAACCGCAGGUGGAUUUCCCGCUUAACAGAAUUUUUGAUGAUUUAUGCAAAAUUGAAGUGCAUUUAUGGACCAAAAAAUAAACAGACUUGCUCCAAAGGGGUUUGAACACGAUUUUUACGAGGGCUGCGGUAGAUGACCGCAAAAGUGUUACGAUGAUCGAUACUCAACUGGAUGAUUACAUCACUACAUAGCAACCAGUCGCUUCGCAUUUUUUAACUUCUGGAACGCUGAGGCUUGUGAUGGAUUGCUGGCGCUUAUCCGGGUUCGAGAUCGUGACUAGCAAUAAACGUCACGAUUCUCUACCGUGUAGUUCAUUUGUUUAUAAUGCCUUUCAUUCGUCCGUAUAUAUAUUUGAAAUUACUUGUCAUGAUGAUUAACAGGGGCACAGCCGCUUUAUGAGAAACAAAUACGUCUCCCAAGCUCGAAAUAUUGCUCAAUGUUCGAAAUAUAAUUCCCUGCUAGCAGAGACCUGGUGUUCGACGGGCGUUUCCUUAACAACCAGUGACGUUUUAGUCAUGUGCAACACAACUUACAAAACCGGUUUGCGCGAUAACUACACUGGGUGCCAGAGACUUUUCUAGCGCGGUUUCCGGUUUCUGUCAAGUCUUUAUAGUGACCCGCGCGAAGUUUUUCUCGCGGCUUUGACCUACGGCCGAAGAUGUGUUAGUCUCUUUCGCAGCCGUUAUUAGGGCCGUCACUCGUCACGCAACGCUCCUCCUGACGAUUGACGACCCUAGUAACGGCUGCGAAGGAGACUAAAGAUGUGUCGACACCGAAAAUUCUCGCCGCGCGCGAGAAAAACCUCUGGUACGAUAACAAAUGUGGGCUCAGAAAAUUCCUGCGUAUGCGUACAGCCUCAACAGGGCACGCGCAUUCCACAUUACCCUGGUUACCAGAGGUUUUUCUCGCGUGCGGCGGGAAUUUUCCGAAGGCCGACACCGAAAAUUCCCGUUAUAAAGACUUGACAGAAACCGGGAACCGCGCUAGAAAAGUCUCUGGCACCCAGGGUAAUUCCACAUUAAACGAAACUAGUUUUGAAAACCAUUCAGUUUCGACCACAAAUCUUGUUGGUGGCUCCAUAAAAGAACUCGUUGGGGACCGGAAGAGCCCCUCUCCUUCCUCUCAUUUUUCUUUUGCCUUGAGAGACCCACGGGGGGUGUGUGUGUGUGUGUGUGUGUGGGGGGUACUUGGGUUAAUUUUUGCUGGGUAUGUGCCGCUGGCCUCUCAGAGCCCCUACCCCAUUAUAAUCUAUUUCUUGGCCAAUUUUAGACCCCAUCUUAGUCACAAUUUUCGCGAUCCCAACUCAGUCACUUUCUAUUUAUGCAUCUACCUUAUCAAUGUGGUUUCGAGCGGCGGAAUGUAAUGCGGUCAAUGCGAGCUUAUUGUUAAAUCUGAUUUUUUAACCGGGAAUCUUCCCAUUUUGAAUCCCUACUUACCCCAAAAAUCCGAAGAUUUGCGACCCCAUUCUAGUAAAUCUAUUAAAAAUGCGACCCCAUUAUAGUCACUCCAGUGGUGAAAAUGCAACCCCAUCCAGCGGCACGUCCCUGUUAGCCUCUUGUAAGGGAAUACCCCCCGGGGAGAGACCUCUACUAGCAAGGAAGGCCACCGCUGUUCGUGAAAUUGAAAUCUGAGCGUCCACCGUUUUUGCUAAAGAGAAGAAAUACGGAUGAACAUCACAGGCUCCAAAGUAGUGAUUUGAACCUAAAUGUUUCAAUAAAUUCAAGCGAAAUGUAAACUUUAACCCCGAUGGUUAGAACUAGACCCACGAUGGGGGAAGGCGUUCUGCGUGCUACGUAGGCGGUAACGAGGGCCAGCUACCCUUGCCCCCCGACCCUCCUUCGAGUUGACGCUGGGCAUAAGCAUUUUUUAAAAUUUCUUUUUCAGCCGGCAUCAACUGCGAUUUGUUUCACUAUCCACGGAUUACAAAUUCUAGGCUGGAUCCAAACGCUGAAAAUGAGUGAAUCGAACAUCGAUCAUAAAAUUUUUAUCAACGCUUCUUUUCAAAUUUAGAUGUGGAUGUCCUGUAACUUUUGUGCAAAGUAGAUGGUGUCAAAAAGCCCGGCACCCACCAAUCAAUGAAGGCAUCUACUUAAGCUUAAAAGUUUUAUUUGUAACAAAAUCGAAAAAUUCUUUUCAAAAGGUGGUACCAGCCACAUUUAAAGGAAAUCACCAAAUAUGCCCCCCACACAGGAAUUUACGAAAGAACAGCUCAACUACUACAGAAUUUGUUAUCUAACCACGGAUAUUUUAACGGAAGGUCUACGGUCUCUAUUCAAACAAGAAUGGGACAAUCGCUACAAAGCUACACUUGAUGAGUGGAAAGAUGACGCCAAAAGUGGAAUGGCUUUUCAUAACAGAGAGUCUGCGCGGAACCAAAGACGACAUGCACAUCUACUGGUAACCAUAAAAAAUGGUGAUAGAGCCGAAUGGGACUGCACCAUGCUGUUUUACGCUAUUCUUUAUUCUGACUGUAUCGGGAAUGUUCUCAGUACAACAAUAAAGACAAAUGUGGACAGUUUAAGAAAAUUCAGGAACGAAGAAUUUGCUCACAUGCCACGAGGCUCUUUGGCAGACACAGACUUUCUAAAUGCCAUUAGUAAAGUUCAUGGAGCAUUUCAAGCUCUUGGCCUCUCCGUAAAGCAAAUCGAUGAAGUAAAAAAUCAGACAAGUUUUCCCACGGAGGAGUUAAAACUUGUUAUGAAACAGGUUGACGGUCUUGCGCAGGAACUUCGACAGGAAAAACAACUACGCAAAGUCCUUGAGGAUCAGCUAGAAAAAGAAAUCUCACCGUUUUGCAGUCUUCCCCCUAAGCCUUCACAUCACGUCACAGGACGCAAUCGCGAGGUAGCUGAAAUAACGAAAAAGCUUAAGGAGUUAAAAGAGGCCAACAAAAAUGAACUCAGUUACUUGUACAUCUCCGGAAAUGCCGGAAGUGGAAAAUCACAGCUGGCUGGCCUCGUAGCUAAGCGUUUCUUCGAUGAAGCCAAAGAAAUUCCCUUGUCUACUCCAUGUGUGAUGACUUUAAAUGCUGCAAGUCCUGAUUCACUUCUGGAGUCGUAUGCUUUAAUGGCUCGACAAGUAAAGUGCCCUGAAUAUGCAGUCACAAAGGCCCUUAACUCUAAAGAUAUCAAAACGGAGGAGAGGAUCUCCAAUUUGAAAACGCUGAUUUCCGCGAGAAUCGAGCUGUACACCUCUUGGCUGCUCAUAGCCGAUAACGUCUAUAGUAUGUCGUGGGUCCAUGAUCACCUUCCAGAACGUGGAAAAGAGCAGUGGUCAAAUGGCCAGAUACUAAUUACAACCCAGGACGUCUCGUCCAUCCCUUCAACGAGCUCUUUCGUUAAUCACGUCUCGAUUAGUAGGGGUAUGGAGGUUGACGAUUCCUGUUCAUUAUUAAAGAUGCUUUCUGGAAUCUCUGACAGCAACAUUGAGAAGGAAGUCGCCCUUAAGUUGGACUACCAGCCUCUUGCAUUAGCGAGCGCCGCAACUUACGUCAAACAGGUCCGACAGAACACGAAAACUUCAGACUUCAACUGGGUCGACUACUUAGAGAAGAUACAAAAAGGACAGCGAACCACCACUGAGAAAUUUCUUUCAGCAAGCAACCUUUGUUACCCAAAAUCCAUGACCGCAGCAACUACACUUGCCGUAGAAAAUGCGAUGAUAUCUGACAAAAUUAUUGGUCACACCUUCGCUUUGCUUUUUUUGUGUUCCGCUGAGCCCUUAAGCUUAGACAUUGUGAUAAAUUACAUUUCCAAAAUGGAUGAACAAGUAGCGGACAAAGAGUUCAUAUGCCUAAGCCUCAAAAGGUGUUCACUGUUAUUAUUCGAAGAGGAUGAAAGUGGCGCCUUUAUUCGUGUGCACCAGGUGGUACAUGAUGCUAUCAAAACUGUAAUGAAAGAUCACCAGGAACCGCGAGAGUCAAGUCAAAAAAUCAAUGCAGCAGUGGCAUCAUUUAGCCAGUUCAUAAUCGCUAUUCCGGAAGACAGUAAAACGUACUCGGACACUGUACACUUGGUCCCACAUUUGAAAGCCUUAAGUAUGAAUAUUGAAUCUCUGUUUCCGAAAGAAACCCUAACCCACGACAAAGAUGAGACAGAAAGGCCAACAAACAUUUAUUCGUAUUAUUUUAUUCAAUUUGGCGAGAUUUGCGCUGAGCAUUGUGAGUUUCAUAUAGCAAGGAAGUACCAUGAAUAUGCAUUAACCAUUAAGUUAAAAAUUCUUGGCUCUGACCAUACUGAGGUUGCAGGUAGUUACCUUUACCUAGGAUAUAUACACCAGAAGUUAAGUGAUUUUGAGCGUGCAAAGGACUAUGACGAUCGCGCUCUAGAAAUAUACAUCAAGACGCACGACCAUAUUAGUACUGCAAAGGUCUACGGUUUCCUGGGAUCAAUUCACAGAGACUUAGGAGACCUUAAGCGCGCCAAAGAAUAUCGAGAGCGUUCACUCGCAAUUACCCUAGAGAAGCUCGGUCCUGACGAUGCCGACGUUGCAUCUUGUUACCAUCACUUAGGUCGUAUUCACUGCGAUUUAGGUGACCUUAAAAGGGCGAAGGAAUAUCAUGAGCAUGCUCUUGCCAUUAAUCUAAAGAAGCUCGGUCCUGACGAUGCCGACGUUGCAUCUUGUUACCAUAACUUGGGUCGUAUUCACCACGAUUUAGGAGACCUUAAAAACGCGAAGGAAUAUCAUGAGCGUGCUCUUGCCAUUAACCUAAAGAGGCUCGUUCCUGACCAUACUUACGUUGCAGCUAGUUAUCAUUACUUGGGUCGUAUUCACCGCGAUUUAGGCAACCUUGAGCGCGCCAAGGAAUAUCAUGAGCGUGCUCUUGCAACUGACCUACAGAGGUUCGGUCCUCACCAUACCGAGGUUGCAACAAGUUACCGUCACUUGGGUCGUAUUCAUCGCGAUUUAGGUGAUCUUGAGUGCGCGAAGGAAUAUUAUGAGCGCUGUCUUGCCAUUUAUCUUAAGAGCCUCGGUCCUGACCAUACCAAAGUGGCAGCUAGUUACCAUCACUUGGGCCGUAUUCACCGCGCUUUAGGUGACCUUGAGCGCGCGAAGGAAUAUCAUGAGCGUGCCCUUGCCAUUGACCUAAAGGGGCUCGGUCCUGACCAUACCGAGGUUGGAAUAAGUUACCAUCACUUAGGUCGUAUUCACCGCGCUUUAGGUGACCAUGAGCGUGCGAAGGAAUAUCAAGAGUGGUCACUUGCAAUUACCCUCAAGAGGCUCGGUCCUGACCAUACCAAAGUGGCAGCUAGGUACUAUAGCUUGGGUCAUAUUCACCGUGAUUUAGGCGACCUUGAGCGAGCAAAGGAAUAUCAUGAGCGUGCUUUCUCCAUUAAGAAAAAGAAUCCUGGUGAUAAACAUAACGGUAACUCAGGAUGUAUUCUCCAGAGGCCAAAUGAUCUUGAUCUGUCGAUGGAACAUCAAGAACCUUCAAAGGUUACGACGACUAAUGGUCACCCAGGUCAUGUUCAUAACGAGCAAGGAGAAGGAGAGGAUCUUAAGAAGUCCAGUAAACAUCAAGAACAUUCUGAAGCCGUCCAUUUCCAAAAUCAAGGCCAGCACUCUGACGUGACAACAACUGACUGUGGUAAACUGUGUACAAUGUGCAGCAUACUUUAA